AUGUUCUCCCUCCUGGCCAACACCACUACUUGUGACCAGGACUUGAGGACCAACUCAGGCAAUGCGUCGUCUUGUGGACUGAGCAUGUCCAGAAGUGGCCCGGAGAUGGUGAUCGUACCUGUCUUGUUUGGAGUGAUCUUCCUUCUGGGCAUGUUGGGGAACUCCCUGGUGCUGGUGGUCCUCGGGCGCCCCCGGCCAGGUGGGCGGCCCUCCCGGAGUGCCACCAACACCUUCAUUCUCAACCUGAGCAUCGCCGACACCUCCUUCCUGCUCUUCUGUGUCCCCUUCCAAGCCACCAUCUACUCCCUGCCAGAGUGGAUCUUCGGCGCCUUCUUCUGUAAGUGGGUGCACUACCUAGCUAUGGCGACCAUGCUGGUCAGCAUCUUUACCCUGGUGGCCAUGUCGGUGGACAGGUACAUCGCCGUGGUGCACGCCCGGCGCUCUCUGUGCAUCCGCAGCCGGCGUAACGCCACCCUGGGCGUGGGCGCCAUCUGGUUCCUCUCUCUGCUCAUCGCCAUCCCCGUGGCCCAGCACCAGGCCCUCGUGAUCGGGCCGCAGCAAGCGCCCAACAGCUCCUUCUGCUGGGAACUCUGGACUGGUCUUUCGGCAGCCAAGCAUAUCUACAAAGCGUCCAUCCUGGCGGUGGGUUAUCUGCUGCCCCUUCUGCUCAUCACAUGCUGCUAUGCCAAGGUUUUAUAUCAUCUUCAUAAAAAGGUGAAGAAUAUCUCCAAGAAGUCAGAGAGAUCAAAAAGAAAGACAGCACAGAUGGUGUUCCUGAUGGUUGCCGUUUUCCUGAUCUCCUGGCUACCCCACCACAUCAUCACCAUGUGGGCCGAGUUUGGGCACUUCCCACUGAACAAUAUUACCUUCACGUUCCGCAUCGUCUCUCACUGCUUGGCCUACGGGAACUCUUGCAUCAACCCCAUCAUCUAUGCUUUCCUGUCGGAGAAUUUCCGCAAAGCCUGCCAGCAAGCCUUCACAUGCAAAGCCUUCCGUCAGCCGGCCCCUGCCACAAAGCUGGCGAGGGUCCGCAUGGAGAACCUUUCCACGACUCACUCAACAACGACUGUGUGA